CAGCAGCAGCAGCAACAUCCACAUCAUAAUGGCAAUUAAGUUGGUCGCCCUUUUGGCCAUUGGCCUGGCUCUGUUAGCCAUCAGCGAAGCUCGUCAUGUUCCCGGCCAUCGCUACCAUCAUCGGCAGCAAUUUGAGCAGCGGGCCCUGAUCUCGAAACCUCAUGCUGGUCCCCAGGGCCGCGUUUUCCCCGGCGCUGUGGCCAUUAAGAAGCUGGUGCUGCUGAAGUUCAAGAAGAUCGUGCCCAUCUCCUUGAUCCUACUCAAGUCGACUAACGAGAACGAGGCCGAGCUGGUGCCCGUCUACCCCACCGACCAGAUCCCCGAGAACGUUCAGUUCAUUCCCACGCCCAAUGGCAUCUCCGGCCACAAGGACGUCCAGGCCAUAGCCAUUCCCAGCGAGCUGCACGAUCAACUGCAGAUCAACGGCCUGACCAACCUCGAGAACAUCGAGGCCCUGCUCCAGAGCAGCUCCAUCUCGUCCGCGGACGCCGAGGAAGAGUCCGCUGCCGUAGGCAACAGCAUUGCCGUCGCCCAGCCUGAGGAUCUGGUGCUCGAUCAGCCCGAGAACGAUGAGGAUCAGGUGCUCGAUGGUGCAGCAGCUGCCCCAGCGGCAGUCACCCCAGUGGCAGUCUCAGCCGCCGCUCCUGGCCUGCGUCGCCUCUCCGCCGAUGAGCUGUUACGCUCUGGUGUCCGCAACUCGGCCCACCUUCAGCAGACCAGCGUAGAGGAGAUCCCCCUGCUGCUGUACUCCGCCAACGAUGGCGGAUCCUCUAGCUCCAGCUCUUCCUCCCCGGGCCAGGGACGCCGCUAUGUGGCCGCCACUCCAGCGCGUCGUCGCCAGCAGCAGCAGUUCUACAACUAAGCAGAGAGGGCCCUGCCUCUUCCUUCUCGUUGCCCACUUUCCCUAGGCGUAAGCACUUUCCCCGGCUUGGAUCCUCCGCCUCUUCGCCUCCUUACUGGCUGUCACA